AUGAAGCCAAUACGACUUCAGCAUGUUACGAGCACGAUUCGAAGACUGCCUCUUGGUACACACCUGGUGGCACAGGCCGCUUGGUUCUCGACCUCCCCAGGACGCCCCCCCUCCCGCUCAAUUCUGAGGAUAAAAUGGGCGAACGAAAGGGCUCGCCAAGAGAAAGAACACAAGAAAUACUGGGCACGUGAAAGCCGCGAACAACGCGAGCGGAAGAAGGAGGAGAUCAGACGGAAGCUUCGUGGCGAAGACUCGAAGACGCUGAAGGCAUACGCUCCGAAGCUCCCAUCAGCUCGGGAACCCAAGCCACCCCCACAUCCGGUCGACUUCAAGAACUUACCAGAGUCCCAAAAAUUCAAAAAGAUAUUCCUACAGCUGGAUAUUGGGCUAGCCGCCUUGGAUUACCGAUCGGUCCAACUGCCUGACGAAAUGAAUCGCGCCUUAUUCAAGUACCUGCGCCUUCAAAUAUCUCCGCGGCAUGUCAUGAGAAACUGGGACAGGGAGUAUUUUGUGGAGAUGAUGAACGAGCAUCCCUACUCAGUCCUCCACAGGCACAAGUACGAGCAGAUGAAGAAGAACAAACCACUCUGGAUUUGGCUAUACGGAGUCACCCAGGUCGCGUGCCCGGCCGUCGUCAGUCAUGCCAGGAGGGCUAUGAGGCGCGAGAUCCACGCCGCCCUCGACGCCAGAGGCUACGAUCCCGAGGGGCGUCUCGUCAAGCCCGCAAAGCCAGGCAGGGGAAAGGACACUCUCCUGAGAGGCGACUUGAAAGGAACGAUAGCCCUCACCGCCAAGCUCCCCGCUGACGUGGUGAAGAGGCUCCCACGGACCGAGUUGCGGGCCGCGAUGGACAUGGCUGUGGACCGCCUGAUCAAACUGAAGGACGCGGAGCAGAACCCAGAGCGUUUCAAACGCGAUUACGAGAAGCUGCUAGAGCAGAGAGUAAAGGACGAGAUGGAACGACGAGAACAGGCGGCCCGGCGGGAGGAAGAGUGGCGGGAAGAGCAGUUCCGGCAGGAGGAGGAGCGGCAAGAGAUGAAAACACAAAGGAAUGAGGAACGGCAGCAAAGAGCCGAGGAAAAGAGGCUCAGGCAGGAGGAGAAGAAGCGCAAAACCGAGGAGAAGAAACGCCGGAUUGAGGAAGAAAGACCUCUGAAUUCGGGGUUGCUCUGGGGAUGA